AUGGAAAAAUUAAUAGAAAUUGUCCAACGAUAUCCCAUUCUGUACGAUACGAAUCAUGCAGAUUAUUCGAAAAUAAAGUUGAAGGAGGAAGUUUGGGGUUCGAUCGCAGAAAAAUUACAUCUGACCACACAAGCAGUUAAAGCUCAAUGGAAGUCGCUUCGACAUUGCCAUCGAGACGCUCUUCGACGGCGUAAAACGAGGAGCGGGCAAACUGCAGGAUAUAAAAAAUAUUGGGCGUACGAAAGACACAUGGAAUAUCUGUUACCAUUCAUGAACAGCAAAUUAACGUCGUUGGAAACGGAAAUAUUCAGUAGCAACGAACAGAGUAAUAUCGAGAUCCAGAAGACGAAGGGCGAGCAAGAAGAUGAAACAGCGAACGAGGAGGAACAACCGGAAAUAAAAGAGGAACUCAUGAUAGAGGACGAAGAAAUGGUACCCCAAACUAGGAAAAGGAGGAAGAUGAAGUCCAAUGUAAAGCUACAACGAUCUGUACACAAGAAAAGGGACGUAACUCGACAAGAAAUAAGAGGAAAGAGACUAAAAUUGGAAAAGGAACAGGCCAACGCGUUGUAUCAGUUCUUUAUCUCCAUGUACAAUUCUACUAGAAUGCUACCGCGCCAUUUGCAAUUCAAAAUUAAGAGAACCUUAUUCGAAGCCGUAUCCAACGCCGAAGAACAAACUUUUCGUAAUUCCUAUCUGGAGUCAGCUUUUAAUAAUGUUCCUGAAAACUUCUCCAGCUCGCAAAGUUCAUCUUCCGCUUCUGAAUUAAUACCUAUCGCUGACGAUUGUUCGACCAAUGUCCAAAUCGCUCAGUCGUCAUCGUUCGUUGAAAUUCCAACAGAGUUUGUUAAAUUGUAA